ACACUAGAAAAAAAGAAAAAGAAAAUACUACAAAUGAAACAGCAGUACUAGAAAAUCAAAGAUGCGACGAAAUAACAAUAAAAGAAUCACACGAAAACCGCACCUUACCUAUAACAAGUUAA